UUAUAUGGAGUCUAACCAUCAAAACCAUCACAGAAAUGCUCUCCUCAUCAAUCCCUCCUAUCCAAAUCCAAUCUCCUCUGGCCCGUCUUCAACUCCACACCCAUGUAGCUUCAUCUCCUCCACUGUAACAAAACCCAGAUAUCCCAAUUCUCUGGAACAAUGGAAGGUACUCUCUUUCCAUCUCGACCUGUAUAUCCCAUCCCAGCAAACAGACCAACGCAGCCAAACCCUCCUGUGAAAUUCAACUCAACCAGAUGAUUGAACUAAUGGUUAGAAUUCUUGGGAGAGAGUCGCAGCAUACUUUUGCAUCGAAGCUGUUCAAUGUAAUUCCCAUAGAAGAAUACUCGUUGGAUGUCCGAGCUUACACGACUAUCCUUCAUGCGCACUCUCGUAGUGGUAAGUACGAAAGUGCAAUUGACUUGUUUGACAAAAUGAUGGAAAUUGGUAUCUCACCAACUUUGGUGACUUACAAUGUCAUGCUUGAUGUAUAUGGGAAGAUGGGUCGAUCUUGGGAUAAGAUUUUAGGACUUUUGGAUAAGAUGAGGAGGAAGGGAUUUGAAUUUGAUGAGUUUACUUGUAGUACGGUGACAUCUGCUUGUGGGCGUGAGGGUUUGUUGAACGAGGCAAAUGAGUUCUUUGUCGGGUUAAAGUCACAAGGCUAUGUACCUGGAACUGUUACCUAUAAUGCUUUGUUACAAGUUUUUGGCAAGGCAGGGGUAUUUACGGAGGCCUUGAGCAUAUUAAAAGAAAUGGAGGAUAAUAAUUGCCCACCUGAUGCUGUUACUUACAAUGAGCUUGUGGCAGCUUAUGUGAGGGCAGGAUUCUUUGAGGAAGGUGCGUCUGUCAUAGAAACGAUGACCCAAAAAGGAACAAUGCCAAAUGCUGUUACAUACACAACUGUGAUAAAUGCAUACGGUAAAGCUGGAAAGGAGGAAGAGGCUCUAAGGUUGUUCAAUCAUAUGAAGGCGACAGGUUGUGUUCCUAAUGUUUGCACUUACAAUGCUGUUUUCGGAAUGCUGGGAAAGAAGUCACUGCCCGAGGAGAUGAUAAAGUUACUUUGUGAAAUGAAGUCAAGUGGAUGUGCCCCCAACCGUAUUACAUGGAACACAAUGCUUGCCAUGUGUGGUGAUAAGGGUAGGCACAAGUAUGUGAACCAGGUGUUUCGAGAAAUGAAGAAUUGUGGUUUUGAGCCAGACAGAGACACAUUCAAUACCUUAAUCAGUGCAUAUGGACGGUGUGGAUCAGAAAUAGACGCUACACAGAUGUACGAUGAGAUGAUCAAAGCAGGAUUUACUCCAUGCGUUAUAACUUACAAUGCACUUCUAAAUGCUCUGGCUCGGAUAGGGGACUGGAAAGCAGCAGAAGCUGUUAUGCUAGACAUGAGAAAUAAGGGCUUCAAGCCUAAUGAAACAUCAUAUUCAUUGAUGAUCAACUGUCAUGCCAAAGGAGGGAAUGCCAAGGGGAUCGAGAGAAUUGAGAGAGAAAUUUAUGGCUAUCAUAUUUUCCCCAGUUGGAUUCUUUUGAGAACUCUUAUUCUUGCGAAUUUCAAGUGCAGAGCACUGGACGGCAUGGAGAGGGCAUUCCAUCAAUUGCAAAACAACGGAUACAAACCUGACUUGGUUGUAUUCAACUCUAUGCUUUCAAUUUUUGCUAGAAACAACAUGUAUGACCGGGCUAAUGACAUGCUGUACAUGAUUCAUGAAAACUGCCUUCAGCCAGAUCUCAUAACUUAUAAUAGCUUGAUGGACAUGUACGCCAGAAAGGGAGAGUGUUGGAAAGCAGAAGAAAUCCUCAUGACCCUACAAAAAUCUGGUGGGAAACCAGACCUCGUCUCUUAUAACACAGUCAUCAAAGGGUUUUGCAGGCAAGGGUACAUGCAGGAGGCCAUAAGAAUUCUCUCGGAGAUGACAACUAGAGGGAUUCGACCAUGUAUUUUCACAUACAAUACUUUCAUCACAGGCUAUGCAGGGCAGGGAAUGUUAUCAGAAAUGGAUGAAGUGAUUAGCUAUAUGACGCAGAACAAUUGCAGGCCAAAUGAGCUAAGCUACAAGAUUGCGGUGGAUGGCUAUUGUAAAGCGAGAAAAUAUAAAGAAGCCAUGGACUUUCUGUCGAAGAUUAAGGAAAUUGAUACUUCUUUUGAUGAUCAAUAUGUGCAAAGACUUGCUUCUCGCAUUCGGGGCAAUUUGUAUUCAUGAAUUAUUGAUUGUUCGCCGUUGGUUUCUUUUUGGCUUAACACCGUCAUAUAUAGGGUUUCCAAGGCUAAUGUAAUUGUAAAAGAAUGUAAAAUCACCUAUUUGGCUGUCCUGUUUCAAAUAGAAAAGGUUAAUCUUGGCUGAA